ACCUGAGCGAGCAGAGGCUGUACGUUCAUCGCUGAUGCUUCAUCCCAAUGGCAGAGACCGUUCGCUCGCAGUUUGAUCGCCGGGACCUUCUGACGCUGGACAGCGUCUCAGAGUCACACAAACCUCCGCAGCCACGAGGACGUGGUUGCAGUAGGAAAAGAAAAGGCACGCCAGUAAAGGUGUGUGAAAGAGUUUUUGCUCCAGAAGAAGAAGAGGAGAGCAUGUUGGAGCACGGAUACAGACCAGGUGUUGGUCAAGAGAAAACAGAAUUCAAACACAGACCUGGUCCAUACAGCGCCCUGGAAUCUGCCCAACUUUGUUUUACCGAGAUGGGCGAGCAGAGCUCCAGUAGCGGGAAGGGUGUAGUACUCUACCCCUCACCGAACUGCCGGAUCCGUGAAGUGCAUUACGGCAAUCAGGUGCGGCUUGUGGUGGUAGCGAUCCGUGACAUAACCAAGGGUGAGGAGAUCACUGUCGACUACAACCCGAGCGAGUGGGGAGAAUACAACACGAUGAGGGGUUUUCAUGGCACAGUACCUGCUGCCGCACAUGAGCCGUUUUCUGGCCACGAGCAGAACAUUAAGAAGGAGGAUGAAGCUGGGUCAGUUUCUAUAUCAGAGUACGUCACUCCAUCCUGGCCUCUCUCCCCUAAAUCCUCUCCACUAUCUCACCCCGAGCGCAAAGACAUGGACGGCGCUGAAACCCGCAGCCAGACUCCUCACCAAAACAAAAAGCAUCACAAGCCGUCCUCCCAGGUUUCAGCUAACCCUAAUGCUAACAUUAUCGACAAGAGCAAAGUGCCUCAUCUGCUUCUUCAACGACCACCGGGGCAGCCUCAAUCCCAGACUUUACCCCACUCCCUGCCCUCUUCUCCGACGCAGCCUUCCGCCCCCUCCAGGCCCGUGUUUAAACCCCCCACUACCACCAUCGUCAACGCAGGCACAGCUGUGAACGCCACGCUGAAUAAGAAGUGCUGCGUUUAUUGCGGUCGGCACUACCGCUCUCUCCAGCGCCACCUGGACAAACAUCACGCCCACCAGUCGGACGUACGGGCAGCCAUGUUACGAUCACGAGACUCGGCCCAUCUGCCACAUCUGCAUGCCUCUCUGCCCUCGUCCUCCUCCUCGUCCACGGCGCACAACUGCUGCCACAGAGAAAUCGCGGCGCAUGGAGUCGGCGUCCCAACGCAACAACUGUCCCAACUUCCUCCUCCUCCUCUGUCGUCUUCUUCGAACACUCCGGCCAGAAAGAGCCCAGCGCUUUUAGGCCCCGCACCUCGCAGAAGUCCCGCCUCUAUGCCCGCUACCCCACCCCGACGGGAAGGUGUCCCCGUAUCGGUGCUAAAGAGAAGCCCAUCCACGCCCGAGGUGCCACCCAGGAAGGCAGGACGCAAAGUUAAGAAAGAGAAAGAAGAAGUGGAGGUCGUAGAGGGGGCAAGAGAGGAGCUGGUGGAGCUGGGAACGCUGCCGGUGCCCGAGCUGCCGAAAGACAAGGGAGUGGACGAGGAGAAUGACGAGGACGACAGUGGAGAAGAGGACAAAAGUGACCUGUCCAGUUCUCGUCGUCCGCACAUGCUCCCCCUGCUGUCCUCUCUGUCCUCUCUAGUGCUGUACCUGCGCCGCCUCCAGCACUCGGCCUUCAUCUCUCUUUCACGCACCCCUCAGUCAGCCGAGGCCUGGCGCCUGCUGUGCCACUCCAGCCUGGCGCUGCUCAUCCUCUACAACCGCCGCCGCGAGUGCGAGGUCUCCAAGCUCACCAUCUCCGAGUACCGCUCUCGCGUGACCCCCCAGUCCUCGGCUCUUCAGCCGACCGGCGUUCUGACACCCCUCGAGGCCUCCCUCUCCCCCUUCGAGCGGCUCGUCCUGCCCCACCUCGCUCGCAUGGGCGUCCAGAGCAAACGAGGACGAGUGCAGCCCCUCAUCCUGCCCCCUCACUCCGAACAGUGCCUAGAGCUUCUCUUACAGACCAGGGCAGGAGUCGGGGUCGACCCCGAGAACCCGUACGUGUUCGCCCGGCCGUACCAUUCACCCGCCACCCCUCUGAGGGGUACGGACCUGCUCCGGAAUCUAGCCAAGGCCAGCGGCACCAGGCACCCGAGAGCGCUCACGCAGACCCGCGUCCGCAGGCAGGUCGCCAUCCUGACCCAGCUACUGAUGCUGAGCGAAGGCGAAGAGGAGGGACAGAGAGGAGUCGCGCAGCGGCGGCUGGAGAACUUCCUGCAGAAGGAGUACCACGUGACCCAAAGCUGCGCUACCAUCGGCCAGGAUCCGGGGCUCAUGGGACUGAUCGGGCGAGUGGUCCUGUGCGGGGAGAGGGACGGCGUGCUGUUCCGGGGCAUGAGCCUCCAUCAUAUCUGCUUAGAGCUGGAUGUGUUGUCUGGGAAUUCUGCUGACUCUCUUUCGGAGGAUUCAGACAGAGAGCAGGAGAAAGAGAAAAGCCAGUCGCCCUCCAUCACCAUGAAAAAGACCUCCACCACUAAUAACAAGGCCCCUCGGGUAAAGAAGAUGAACCCCUUCGCCCCUACACGCAAGAGAGGCUCGGGACAGCCCAAACCAGGUAAGCGCGGGGUCCUGAAGCGGCCCUGGUCCGAGGCCGAGCGGGUGGCGGUGGAGUCCCACCUGGUGCGCAACAUCGUGGAGCUGCGCGUCCCCGCCAAAGCGGACUGCGAGCGCUGCCUGGAGCAGUGCCCCCUGCUGGUCACCAACCGCCGAGACUGGAGAGCCAUCAAGUUCUACUGCCACAACCGCAUACAACUGCUCAAAAAGCAGAGACAGACCCCGAUCGCCCUGUCCGCCGUCUGCUAAACCCACCGGUCACGUCAGCUAGGGUGAGACGGGAGGGGUCGGAGGUAGGGAGACACCCGUGUGUCUGAGGGCUCGUUCGAACAAUCAGCAGAAGAAACGUGUGACCGUGUCGCUACGAUUGCACAUUAUUGGAAACUAAACAUGUUUAAAUGAUUAUUAUUAUAAAGUUACACAGAUUUUCUUUUGAAAAUCAAUCAUCUUAAAUAGGUUUCUGGUUCGGUGACACUAAAAUCCGACCCGAAUGCUCGUAGGUGCGUCACAGUCCUGAACGCAUCGAUUAGAACCGUUGUUCAUCAUUUCCACUAAGAGAAAACACUCAUUUAUGAUUGAUUGAAGGUUUUAAUAGUUCUCGUCCCUCGUAAACUCGACAAAAAACAGAAGAGCUUCCAAAGAUCGGCUGAGAUUGAAGUGACCAGAGUUACAUAUAACAGCACUAUUGUGAUAAUUCGGUGAGCUUCAAAUGCCCACCUGUACCCGUACGCCAAGAUUUCAAAGGACAGCGUUUGGUACGACAGUAAAAGAAAAAGAAAAACACACACAGUCUAAUGCAAACGUUCGGGUUUACUGGUCAGAUUUCAUGUUUUAUUACCAGAAAAAAAACAAAUCUGCACAUUUUACGGCACAACAACAUAACGUGGCUGGUGUGGAUGCUACAGCGUGUAAAUGCUAUGCACUAAAGUAACAGCUUCAUGCUAUCCCUUCUGAAGGUGGGAUUUCAGAUAUACAGUCAUUUAAAUGUCGCACCGUGUUCAAAAAUCUCCCGGUAUUAUGAUGUAAAAACAUUUCGGUCGGUCGAUCGUUUCACGUUCUCAAACCGUAGCCACUUCCGAUUCCAUUUCAGCAGCUCGAACGUCGUUAUCGGACGUUUACAUCGGAGCGAUCAGAUUCUAAAACCGUAGCGCAGACACGAUCGGUUCACAUUAUAACACAUCCACACUUAAAACCAGACCUAGAGAACAGAGCCAGAAGGUCUAGGAUGUGGUGGAAUCCGCUUCUAGAACAGCAGGUCCGUCACUUCAACAGAACCUUUAGGGUGGAAGGAUCGAGGCUGUUGUGGUCUGUGCUCAGCAGCUUCGUGCAUUCCUGCUUCAAAAUGAGACGAGGUUCUGAUUGUAUUAGUGACACAGAGUGUUUGGGGUCGUUCAUGCUUAACGAGGUUGUGUAGAUUUACCUAGAAGCUUUACGUGUGUGUGUGUGUGUGUGUAGGAAACGUAACCACAUCACUUCAUCUUAUACUUGAAUUAACAGUCCACAUUCUUUGUGUCUACAUGCCGUCAUUAGUUUUCUUCACUUGUGUACAUACAGAUAUAAAUAUAUAAAUAUGAUAUGAUCAGUAACGUUGUUAUUAUUAUCGAUAUGAUCAAUAAUAGUGUAGUUAUCGUCAUCGUCACUACUGUGGAGGCUCGUUUUCGUUACGGUUAGAUUUUCUGUAUGAACAUUAAUGUAAAUAUUGUGUGUAAAUAUUGAAAUAUAUAUAUGAUGAAGAGAACGGAGGAAGGCACUGGAAAUCUGUGGACUUGUUUGGUGUUUCAAAGUGACGAUUAAAAAUCUUCAUUUGUAAAUGCG